ACAUUGGUUUGUAAAAAGUAAAAGUUUUAAAGACAUCUUUUUUGCUUUGUUACAGAAAAUCAUCAAAAAUGGGCAAAGGCGAUCCUAAGAAGCCGAGAGGUAAAAUGUCUUCAUACGCCUUCUUUGUGCAAACCUGCCGGGAGGAGCACAAGAAGAAACAUCCAGAUGCUUCAGUGAACUUUUCAGAGUUCUCAAAAAAAUGCUCAGAACGAUGGAAGACUAUGUCUUCUAAGGAGAAAGGGAAGUUUGAAGAUAUGGCAAAGGCUGACAAGCUUCGUUAUGAAAAAGAAAUGAAAAACUAUGUACCACCGAAGGGGGAAACAAAAAAGAAGUUCAAGGAUCCAAAUGCACCGAAGAGGCCUCCUUCGGCUUUUUUCUUGUUUUGCUCUGAGUUUCGUCCAAAAAUCAAAGGAGAACAUCCUGGUCUGUCCAUUGGGGACGUCGCAAAGAAACUGGGAGAGAUGUGGAACAACACCGCUGCAGAUGACAAACAGCCUUAUGAAAAAAAGGCUGCUAAACUGAAGGAGAAGUAUGAAAAGGAUAUUGCUGCAUACCGGGCCAAAGGGAAGGUUGAUGCAGGCAAAAAAGUAGUUGCCAAGGCUGAGAAGAGCAAGAAGAAGAAGGAGGAGGAAGAAGAUGAGGAUGAAGACGAAGAGGAUGAAGAUGAUGAAGAAGAGGAAGAGGAGGAGGAUGAAGAUGAUGAUGAUGACGAAUAAGUCUCUUUUAGAGCAAUUUCUUUCUUGUCUAUAAAGCAUUUAACCCCCCUGUACACAAAUCACUCCUUUUAAAGAAAAAAAAAAAAUUGAAAUGUAAGGCUGUGUAAGAUUUGUUUUUAAACUGUACAGUGUCUCUUUUUUUGUAUAGUUAACACACUACCGAAUGUGUCUUUAGAUAGCCCUGUCCUUAGUGGUAUUUCAAUGGCCACUAACCUUGCCUGGUACAGUGUGGGGGUUGUAAAUUGGCAUGGGAGUUUUAAAGCAGGUUCUUGUUGGUGCACAGCACAAAUUAGUUAUAUGUGGGGAUGUAGGCCAUUUCUCAUCUUCAGUUGUCUCUGAUGCAUCAUAAAAAUAAUUGUUGUUCUGUUAACUGAAUACCACUCUGUAAUUGCAAAAAGGAAAAAAAAAAAAGAGUUGCAGCUGUUUUGUUGACAUUCUGAAUGCUUCUAAGUAAAUACAAUUUUUUUAUUAGUAUUGUUGUCCUUUUAAUAGGUGCCCUGGAAAAAUCAUACUUUUUCUUUUCUCUCUCUCUUUUUUUUUUUUUUUUUUUUUUUUUUUUUUUUUUGAGGGGAACUCGUCUUUUGCUUUAUUGAAUGCCCGUUUGGGAUCACGGGAAUAUUACAGUUUUCAUCUUUCAUAUAACCAGCUGAUAAACAAAGCUUUGAUCUGCAUACCCUGCAUAAUCAUGAUAGGGUAAGGAAAGAAAUAUAUAGGCAUAUGAUGAAAGAAUAUUCUUCCGUAACUGGAAACAAAACAAAAAAUUCAAUCUCAACAAGCUGAUAUUUGUUCAGAUUUUUGUGAAAUGUAAUAUUCUAUUGAGUUGCAUGAGUUUACCAGUCUUGGAGAGUUGAGAAGUAUAGAGUUCAAUUUUACAGAAAUUAAAUAUUUGGG